CCUGGAGCCUUCAAGGAUAAAAAUAAUCUCCAUCAUAAACUGAAAAGGACUUAGAUAUGUGUGUUACUGGGAGGGCUGCGACCUAUGCACACCUAUUCCCCAUACCCACCCCAGGCUUAGGCUCCUGGCCUGUGCCCUGGGGGAUCUUCCCCUUGCAAGGAGGGGUGUGUUAGGAGCUUCUAGCAAAGGAGAGCUAAGUGACCUUCCGGGGAGCCCUUGGGCCUGUUCUUGUCUCUGCAGCUCAGUACCUGGAGUGGGCUUCACUCUCCCCCACCCUCUUUGAGCAACUGAAACUGUCCUGCAGGCCAGCCCCCCUGCGGUGGCCUCACCUACUCGGAGGUGAGUAGGCUCAGGCCUGAGCCUGAGCCUGUUUCCCACCUCUGCCUCAUCAGUGCUGUCACCAUCGAGCAUGGUUUCCUCCCUGGUCCUUUCCAGACCCCUUACUCCCCCCUCUGUGAACUUGCAGUUGGAAUAGGAUAGAGGACAAGGACAUCAGCAAAAACAUGAGCAACUCCCCAGGCUCCCUUUACCUCACUUUCUCCACCUGUGAACCUGUGGUAGCCCCUCUCUGAGUUUGCUGCAAGGGCCCAGUGAGCUUGCCAUAAUCAGACGCAGCAGACACGGGAAGCUCCUGCUCUGCCACCAUGCAGGGAUGGAAAAUCUGUCCACUGGAAUCCAGGGGAAGGGAUGGAAGAGGAAGAAAAACAAGCUUGGAGCAGUCCAACCGAGCUAGGGCCCUCCAUUCCCUCAGAGACACCCCACACCCACCCCACACACUGGGAUGAACCCUUGCAGAGGAACAAUUCAGAUGGUCACACAUUCCAGGACCCAAAUCCGUAAACACAAAGCAUGUCCGUCAGUGCCAGCACCUCCCCCCGGCGAAUCAAGCAGCUGUCCCAGAGGGCACAGGGUCUCUGCAGCCAUCUGCUUUCAUCAGGGCUGCAGCCCCCAGGCAGCAGUACUGGGAGCCCCUCUCAUCUCCGAGAAUAAACUCUGAAGCCAGCGACCCUGCGGACCUGAAUCAUCAGGGAGCCUGUCAGAGGAGGGGCAGUGACUCUGCGGGACAAGCAAGCAGGCUAUAUAAGUUUCAGAAGGCUGGGCUCCACUCAGAUCUUUUCCAGCAGCUGCUGCCUGCCAGAGAGGCGCCUUCAGAGACCCAGCGCUUACACAAUACCCACCAUGUCCCAGGCUGGUGCUCAGGAAGCCCCUAUCAAGAAGAAGCGCCCCCCUGUGAAGGAGGAGGACCUGAAGGGGGCCCGAGGAAACCUGACCAAGAACCAGGAAAUCAAGUCCAAGACCUACCAGGUCAUGCGAGAGUGUGAGCAAGCUGGCUCGGCCGCCCCGUCGGUGUUCAGCUGCACCCGCACAGGUACCGAGACUGUCUUUGAGAAGCCCAAAGCCGGACCCGCCAAGAGUGUCUUCGGCUGAGAAGUGUGCGCCACUCCCCUUGCUGCCCGAAGAAUGCUCGGAAACAGGAGCCUUUCCCAGGAACUCUUUUUUAUGCCAGAACACUUCCUCUCCCCUGCUGUCUCUGGGGCUGCCACCCUCCCCCACAGUCCAGGCCCUUCAGCCAAGGGCUCUGCACCAGCACCUUGGAAGCACCAAUAAAGAGGAUGCCCACGUGGCCCCAGCAA